CUCUCUCUCUCGUUCCACAUUGCAGGAAAUCUACUCACGAUGGGUGACCAGUUGAUUGCAGAUCCCGUAUGUAAUUACAAUAAUACCUACAACCUCUCGAUGGAGCAGGAAUACAUAGAGGAGAAUCUCGUCAAAGACCAAGUCGAGAUCAUCAUCAAGUCAUACGUCCUGCCAUGCGUACUGGCAUUCGGUCUCUUUGGGAAUCUCCUAUUCCUCUUCGUCGUUGCUCGCGUCCGAUCAAUGCGCACCAUCACAAAUAUGUACUUGACCAAUUUGGCCAUCGCUGACCUGAUUUACCUGUCGGUGGGGGUCGGCGAGAAACUGUGGAGGUUCCAUGUUUCCCCGGUGAAGAAUGACCACACCCCUUUCGGCAACAUCGGCUGCAUCUUCUUUCCCUUCGUCGUCGAUAUCACUUACACUGCAUCGGUCUUGCUGGUAACCAUGGUAACUGUGGAACGCUAUUACGCAAUAUGUAAGCCAUUUUGGCAUCGACGGAUGGCGACAUGGAAACGAACAAUGAAGCUCAUCAUCGCUACUUGGAUCGUCAGCCUCUGUUUAGCCGCCAUGUUGAUACCCGGGCACUACCCAAUGGUCUACAGGUGUUAUAUCUACCCAGACACUCCGAAAUACGACGGAUAUCCAUCAGUCUACGGUUACUGUGGUGCCAUGAAACCAUGGCUUAUUGAAGUUGUGAAUGGGUGCCAAGUCAUUCCAUUCUUCAUCGCCAUGGUUGAGACGCUUAUGUCAUCGAUAUCCAUGAAAUCCUCGACACAAACCAUCGCUGAAAAGUUGGACAAAGAGUAG